CGAGCUGGCCGCGCGUCGUUUCGCCUCCCGCCCGCCGCCGAAAGGCCGAGCCCGUCCCUGCCCGUGGCCCGCAACCCUAAUCCCCUCCUCCCCCCCGUCGCCUCUCGCCGUCGAAGAAAGGAGAGGGAGCCGCGAGCGGCGUGGCCGGCGAGCACGCGCGCCCCUCCCUUUCCCGUCCCGGGCUCCCUCCGCGCCGUGGGCGAGGCGCCCGCGUCCACCCCGGAUCCGCCCUCACCGUGAGGCCAAGGAUCUGGGAGGGGAGAGGAGGGGAGGGAGCCACGUCCGGCCGCACCAGCUCUCGUCCGCGCCGGCGAGCGCCAGGCGUUCCCCCCCCCACAGGCUUGGCUGAGGAAAAGCUGUGCUCUGUGCUUCUUGGACAGGGCUUCACCAUUUACCAAGUCUUGAGUUAUUGCUCUGCUGUCAGACAAGAAAUCAAACUCUCUAGCCAAACACAAUGAUGACGCAAGCCUGUAAGAAGAGGAGAGGGGUUUAUAUAAGCAGUGAAUCGGGAGACUCUGAUACAGAUUCUGAUGUUGAGGGAAUCAAACUCUGUCGAAAGUCUGGGGUGCCAUCAAUUUCUACAUGCCAGCACCAGUCAUCUUAUAAGGUCAAGGCUGCAAGUAUGAAAAGUAGCAGGAUGAUAAGGCUGUGUGGAAAUAUCGUAAGGAAGCUCAUCGAUCACAAAGGUGGCUGGCUUUUCAAAGAACCUGUUGAUCCAGUGCUAUAUGGGAUUCCCGAUUACUUUGAUGUUAUCCACAACCCAAUGGAUUUGGGUACUGUAAAGAAUAAACUCACAAAAAAACAAUAUGUAAGCAUUGAGGAGUUCGCAGCAGAUGUGAGGCUAACAUUUUCAAAUGCUAUGAAGUAUAAUCCUCCAGAAAAUGAUGUACAUAAGGUCGCUAAAGAAUUGAAUGGGAUAUUCGAUUCAGAAUGGGAAUCAGUAGAAAGGAAAUUUAGGGUCCAAAACCCUGUGCAAGAGCAGCAGACAAUGAAGGCCAUAAAAGUUCGAGGUAUCAUGGAUUCAAAGUCUACGGUUCCUAGAGAGCUGGUAGCAUGCUCAAAUUCAAAACCUUUGGUUGCUAGAGGGCCAGUAGCUUGCUCAAAUUUGAUUGCAAACAAGACACUGACAGACGUGUUAUCCUCCAAAGUAAAAAUCAAAUUUUCCGUGCGCAGCUCUGAGCGUACCUCUUCCAAAGAUAUACCUGUUCAAGCAGCUGGUAGCAAAGAGAGGUCCUUAAAUCACUCUGUUCCUACUGGCAACAAAAAGGCAUCUUUAAAUUGUACUCUUCCUUGCACGAAGGAGAAUGCUAAAAUUUCAAGGAUACGAGAAUCUGACCGCAGCUCUGGUUCAAUUGGAAAUGGAUCGUUGUUAUGCAAUGACACUUCUACUUCGCCUCUUGCUUCCUCUGCGCAAGGUGAGGAAAGUUACCUUCAUGAUGAACCUUUAUCACCAAGCAAAGCUCUUCGUGCAGCAAUGCUCAGGAGUCGUUUUGCUGGGACUAUCGUGAAGGCUCAACAGAAGGCACUUUUGGAUCAUGGGAAGAAUAUAGACCCUGUAAAAUUGAAAUUGGAAAAGGAGAGGCUGGAAAAGAGGCAGCAAGAAGAGAAAGCAAGGAUUGAGGCCCAGGUGAAGGCUGCUGAAGCAGCUGCACAACGGAAGUUCGAUGAAGAAAUGAGGAUGAAGAGAGAGCGUGAAAGGGAAGCGGCACGGCUGGCACUACGCAUGAUGAAGAAGACUGUUGAUAUUGACAACAGUGACUUCCUAAAGGAGCUGGAGAACUUCAGCGAAACGUGGCAGUCGAAUCCACCUGGCAAAUUAAUCGUGGACUUUAUUGAUGGGGACUUGCCACCGGGGUUAGGGAGCCCGUUGGAGAGGCUUGGCCUGUUCAUGAAGAAUGAUUUCGAGGAUGAGGUGGAACAGGAAAUGGAGGACAGCGGAUCACCCUCGAUGGACGUUGACAUGAGGAAAGAUUUCCAGGAAGGCGUAGGGCAUGAAAUGCAGGACAGCAUAUCACCCGUGACGGUCACUAGCACGAAGAAUGACUUACAGGGAGCGGAAGGGCAUGAAAUGGAGGACAGCGUAUCACCAUCCACAGUCAUUGAGACAAAGAAAGGUUCCGAAGAAGAGAGAGAACAUGAUAUAGUAGACAGCAUAUCACCAUCCACAGUUAUUGACACAAAGAAAGAUUCUGAAGAGACUGAACAUGAGAUGGUGGACAGCGUAUCACCUUUGAUGGAUGUUGACACGGAGGAAGGGGAGAUCAGCUGCUGACGGUAGCCGCACCUCUUGUCAUCAUCCACAUAAUUUAUUGACAUCCUUGCUGGGUUGUUAGAUUAGGCGACCUCAUAAGCAGAGUGAUGAAGAAAACUUUAGAUUGCUGUGGUUGCGUCGUAGAACCAUGUGGAGAACAUGUGUCAGACGAACUGAGUAGUGGUUUUGGCUUUGCUGCGGAUUUUAAUUUUCGUGGUCUUGUCAGCCAGGGUAAGAGUAAGAUAACUCCGCUGUAUGUUGGAUUUGUUAUUAGCUAGUGUGAGCUCGUCGGCUGGAUGACCUGUAUAAAAAGAUGAGGGAAAAAAAGAGGGUAAUAUAGUGCUGGUAUAUAUUGUAGGAGCUUAUGGUGGAGCCGGUUGCAGGACACAAGCUAUAGUACAGCAUUGUUCCCAGAUUGUGGUCGGUGCACCGUAGUACCUUGUUACUGUAUUCAUUCUAAAACUUAAAUAAAAUGAUGCCAGUCGCACAAGUAA